AUGGCCGACUCUCAGCCCGACGUGGGGAAGUCGGACAGCCCCGCGACAUCACCAUCACCACCACCUUCGUCUUCGGUUGCUCGACGUCAGCUGCUGGCAGCUCUCAGGACCGCAGACCUCCUUGUUGGUCGUUUAGACCGGCUCGCGUCCACAGCCGACGGUCAGGAACGAAUUUUCGCCGUAACCGGCUACCUCACCCAUGUCCUCCAUCACCUCCUCUCCUCGGCGCCAUGGAUCGCUGCACAGACACGCUUGAGUCUCCUCGCCCGGCUACGACCCGGGGCUAAACCUGCCCCUCCGAAGUCUCCCUCGUCCGAGUCGCGCCUGCUCGCCCUCUCCUCGCUGAUGUCCGAGACCCGCUAUACCAUCCGACUCCUGGGUCUCAUUCCCCUCUGGACCUGGGGUUCCGCAACGAUCAAAUCGCCUCCUUCAGAUCGCACAAUCUACACCCUGACCCUGUUACAAGUAUUCGUGAAUGUGAUCUACCAAGCCCUCGAGAACGGCGCCUACCUGGCGAACAAGGGCAUCAUUUCGAAGCGGUUCGUCGACCGAUGGGGCGGACCCGCCAAAUGGGAUCUAUGGAGCAUCCGCGCCUGGUUCGGACACAUCUUCCUCCAGUUCUUCGUGCUGUGGCGGAAGCGCGUCUUGCUGAAGAAGAAGGCCGCGGAUCCGUCGGCGCAGACUAAGGAGGGCCGCGACGCCGUGAGCGCCGAGACGCGAGCCUGGAAGAAGAGUCUGCUGAACAACAUAUGCUGGGCCCCCGUGUGUCUUCACUGGUGCUUUGAAAAGGGCAUCGGCUUCCCGGACAAUCUGACCGGCCUGGUGAGCUUCAUGGCAGGGGCUUGGGGCGUGUCGGACAUGUGGGCGGCGACGGCAUAA